AUGGCUCCAAUCAAGCGCAAGGGUACCGCCGCUGAGGACGCUUCCUCAGCGCAAAAGCGUGCCCGAGUCGGAGCUGAUGAUCGCAAGCAAAACCAGAAGAAACAAAACACUGGUGAUGCUCCCAAGGCUUCUGAGCUCACGGUGUUGCGUGAAGAUGAACCGUCUUUCCCUCGUGGUGGUGGGAGUGUCUUGACCCCUCUUGAGCGCAAACAAAUCCAAAUUCAAGCGACCAAGGAUGUGCUCUUCGAACAGAAAGGCGCCAAAGGCCCUUCCGCGGACUUCGAGGAUGGAGAUCAGGAUGAAGAUGCGGAGAUGGAAGAUGUUGACGACACAACGACUACGAAGAAGUCGCGGAAGCGCAAAAGCAAAGGGAAAAAAGACGCCAAAGCAGAUGCCAAGGAGAAGGGUGUGCGAGUUGAAGGACUCAAUUUCAAAGUCUCGAGUAUCAACGCCCAUAAUAUCGGUCUUUCGUUGCCGAACAACCUUACCGGUUAUGUUCCCUUGACGGCGAUCUCGAAGAAGCUAGAGCAGAAGAUUGAGGAUAUUCUGAAGGAUGAUGGCAGUGACGACGAUGACGAGGACUCGGAGGACGACUCCCUCGACCUGGGUAAAUACUUCUAUUUGGGCCAGUAUCUUCGCGCAUAUGUUGUCUCUGUUGGAAGCGACUCUGCCGAUGCUCGCUCUAAACACAGAAAACGCAUUGAGCUCUCUGUCGACCCACGACAGGCCAACUCUGGCCUCACGAAAUCGGAUAUUGUGACCAACAUUGCCGUUCAAGCGUCCGUUUUGAGCGUCGAGGACCAUGGUUUGGUGAUGGAUUUGGGGAUCGAAGGUUCCGACGUCAAGGGCUUCAUGUCUUCGAAGGAAAUUGACCCCAAGAUUGAUUACUCGAACAUCAAGGAGGGAUCUGUGUUCCUGUGCAUGGUCACUGGCCAGAACGCCAAUGGCAGUGUCAUCAAGCUGUCUGCCAACCUCAACUCUUCUGGGUCCAUCAAGAAGUCGCACUAUCUCAGCUCGGCCCCGACAAUCAAUUCGUUCGUUCCCGGUACUGCGGCAGAGAUUCUUCUCACCGAGGUUUCGUCAAACGGCAUUGCUGGAAAGAUCAUGGGCAUGUUGGAUGCCACCGUGGAUCUGGUACAGUCGGGUGGUAACUCUGGCAAAGAUGAUUUGGAGAAAAAGUUCAAGAUCGGUGCUAAGGUCAAGGGUCGUCUUGUCUGCACCUUCCCUGCUUCUGAACCGUACAAGGUUGGAUUCUCGCUGCUCGAUCAUGUCUGCAAGUUCACUUCGGAUGGCAAUGGUCCCGGUUCCUCCGACGAUGCCCCCGCGGUCUCCGCCAUCGUCCAGGAGGCAAAGGUGGUCAAGGUGGAUCCCGGUCUCGGUGUUUACGUCCAGAUCGGAUCGACGAAACAUAUCGGCUUCGUCCAUGUCUCGAGAUUGGCGGAUGGUCAGGUUGAAACUAUCACCGAAGAUCAUGGCCCCUUCCAAACCGGCUCCGUUCAUGAAGCUAGAGUCAUCGGAUAUAACGCACUGGACAACCUCUACUUGCUCUCCUUUGAGAGGCAAGUCAUCGACCAACCUUUCCUCCGCCUAGAGGAUGUCACGGUUGGCGCAGUGGUCAAGGGCAAAAUCGAGAAGUUGUUGAUUGGGGCUGGUGGAGUGGAUGGCCUAAUCGUAUCUUUGGCGGACGGUAUCACCGGCCUCGUUCCGUCUAUGCAUUUUGCGGAUGCACCUCUCCAAUUUCCCGAGAAGAAAUUCCGCGAAGGCAUGACCGUUUCCGCUAGAAUCUUGUCGGUCAAUCUAGAGAAGCGACAGAUCCGACUGACUCUGAAGAAGAGUCUACUGAAUAGCGAAUCGGCCAUCUGGAAGGAUUACGAAUCUAUCGUCCCUGGCGCCCAGUCUCCGGGUACCAUCGUCAACAUCCAGCCCCAUGGCGCAGUUGUUCAGUUCUAUGGCUCGGUCCGAGGCUUUCUUCCUGUAUCCGAGAUGAGCGAAGCCUACAUCAAAGAUCCUUCUCAACAUUUCCGACUUGGUCAAGUAGUGAGCGUCCACGCACUCAGUGUGGAAGCCGCUUCCGGAAGACUGGCUGUCUCCUGCAAGGACCCCUCGACAUUCACUGAAAGCUACAGGAAAGCAUUCGAGAACAUUCGCCCUGGAUUACUUGUCACAGGAACGGUCUUCGAAAAAUCAAGCGACGAUGUGCUUCUCAAGCUGGAUGAAUUCGGGCUGGUGGCUCGGCUGACCCUUGAACAUGUGUCCGACGGAUCUCUCUCUAAGCAGAACUCCACCCUCUCGAAGAUUCGUGUUGGCCAAAAACUCAACGAUCUGCUUGUGCUUGAUAUCCAGCGGGGUAGGAGGCUCAUCAAGGUCUCGGGCAGAGCAAGCCUUAAGAAGGCCGUCAAGCAAGGGCUUAUCCCAGAGAACUUCGAGGAUGUUCAAGAAGGGUCCGAUGUCACUGGUUUCAUCAGAAACAUCACACUUGACGGAGUGUUCGUCGAGUUCUUGGGUGGCCUCAUCGGUUUGGUCCCCAAACGGCUCGUCGGUGACGAAAAUAUUACCAAACCCAGUUUCGGCAUGACUAAAUCACAGAUCGUCACUGCGACGGUACACUCUAUUGAUGUUGACUUCCGGAGAUUCAUUUUAAGCAUGAACCCCGCCGAAGCAACUCGUGCCGGAGCUAAGAAGCCCGUUGCUAAGACCACACCCAAGGCUACUCCUUCGGACGACGCUGUCGCUAAUGCUGUCGAUGACGGUGUGAGCACUAUGUCUGAUUUCUCUUUCGGACGGGUCGUAAAAUGCAAGGUGGUGUCGGUCAAAGCGACACAGGUUAACGUUCAGUUGGCAGACAACAUCCAGGGGCGGAUUGACGUCUCCGAAGUAUUCGACAAGUUGGACGACAUCAAGGAUCGGAAACAGCCUCUGCGCUUUUUCCGGACUAAACAAGUAAUCUCAGCCAGAAUUUUGGGUAUCCACGAUGCUCGCAACCACAAGUUCCUCCCUAUCAGCCAUCGCACGGGCAAGUAUCCCGUCUUUGAGCUUUCCGUCAAGCCGAGUUAUUUGAAGGCAUCCAACCCCACCCCUCUGAACUUGGAACAAGUCCAAGUUGGGUCCUCUUGGCUGGGCUUCAUCAACAAUGUUGCGGAUGAUUGUCUCUGGGUCAACCUAUCACCCAAUGUUCGUGGACGGCUACGUUUCAUGGAUGCAUCUGACGACCUGUCGUUACUGGCCGAUGUGGAGAAGAACUUCCCUGUCGGCUCGGCUGUUAAAGUACAUGUCACAGCAGUUGACUCUCAGAAGGGUCGCUUGGAUCUGUCCGCUAAACGGCGCUCCGACAAGCUCUCGUUCUCGGAUAUCUCAGUUGGUAUGAUUCUGCCUGGAAGAGUUACCAAGGUCACCGAGAGACAGGUUAUCAUGCAACUCACCGAUACCAUCGUGGGUGCUGUUGACUUGAUUGACAUGGCGGACGACUACACGAAGGCGAACCCGACGAUUUAUCAGAAGAAUGAGGUGCUUCGUGCGUGCGUAGUUGCCGUUGACAAGGCUAACAAAAAGAUCUCCUUGUCUCUCCGGCCGUCGAAGGUCCUGAGCUCGUCUCUCCCCGUCCAAGAUCGCGAAAUCACUUCCAUGAAGGACCUCAAGGUGAACGAUGUGGUACGCGGAUUUGUUCGGAGAGUGGCUGACAGUGGAUUGUUCGUCACCGUCGGCCACGGUGUCACUGUCUACGUCCGUGUCUCCGAUCUCUCAGACUCCUAUCUCAAAGAAUGGAAGGACUCCUUCCAGGCUGAUCAACUAGUCAAGGGUCGGAUCACAGUGGUGGACCCCGAACACAACAAGUUACAAAUGAGCUUGAAGGACUCCGUGCUGGACCCCGACUACAAGGCUCCUCUUACACUCAGCGACCUCAAGCCCGGCCAGAUCGUUACCGGCAAGGUCCGUAAGGUCGAAGAGUUCGGUGCUUUCAUUGUCAUUGAUCGCUCUGCAAACAUCAGCGGUCUCUGCCAUCGCAGUGAAAUGGCGGAGAAACGGGUCGAUGAUGCUCGGACACUGUUUGAAGAAGGCGAUGCUGUCAAGGCCAAAAUUAUCAAGAUUGACCGCGAGCAAGGAAAGGUCUCUUUCGGUCUGAAGGCGUCCUACUUCGACAACGGUGAGGAAGAUGGAGAAAGCAGCGGUGACGAGGAUGAGUCUGAAGGCGUUAGUCUGGACGGCUUUGGUGGUAUGGAGGUCGAUGGAAGUGACGAGGAAGAUGACGAUAGUGACAUGUCCAUGGGCGGCAUAGAUAUUGAGGGCGACAGCGGCAGCGACAGCGGCUCUGAUGAGAGUGACGAGGAGGAAGGAGCAAAGGCGCCAUCUAAACAGAAGGGCGGCCUCGGCUCUGGCGGUUUCGACUGGAGUGGCAAUGUCCAAGAUGACGAGGAUGAGGCUAUGGGAUCGGACUCCGACGAUGAUGAGGAGUCACGGAAGAAGCGCAAGAAGCACCGCAAGCCCGAAAUCCAAGUUGACCGGACCGGCGAACUGGACGCCAACGGACCCCAGUCCGUCGCCGACUACGAGCGCCUUUUGCUGGGUGAGCCUGACUCCUCACAGCUCUGGCUCCAGUACAUGGCCUUCCAGCUGGAGCUGGGCGAGGUUGAGAAGACGAGGGAGAUCGCUGAGCGUGCCCUUCGCACAAUCACCAUUGGACAGGAUGCUGAGAAACUGAAUAUCUGGGUGGCGUUGCUCAACUUGGAAAACACCUAUGGUAACGACGACACCCUUGAAGAUGUGUUCAAGCGCGCGUGUCAGUACAACGAUACCCAGGAGGUCUAUGAGAGGAUGAUCAGCAUUUAUAUCCAGUCUGGCAAGAACGAGAAAGCGGAUGAGCUCUUCCAGACUGCUCUCAAGAAAAAGAUCUUCCACUCUUCCAAGUUUUACCUCAACUACGCCUCCUUCCUUUUCGAUACCAUGGCUGAUCCCGAGCGUGGCCGUGCUUUGCUGCCUCGUGCUCUGCAAUCUCUGCCUUCUCACACGCAUGUUGAGACGACGUCUAAGUUCGGACAGCUGGAGUUCCGCUCUGCUAACGGUGAUGUCGAACGUGGUCGCACUGUCUUCGAAGGACUGCUGUCCUCUUUCCCCAAGCGCAUUGAUCUCUGGAAUAUCCUCCUUGACUUGGAGAUCAAGGCCGGUGACGCGGAACAGGUCCGUCGCUUGUUUGAGCGUGUCCUUGGUAUCCGCGAUACCAAGAAGGGCGCAGUCUCUGUGGAAGAGAGCAAGAAGCUUCGCCCCAAGCAAGCCCGCUUCUUCUUCAAGAAAUGGCUGGCUUUUGAGGAGAAGCUCGCCGCCGCCGAUGGCGGAAACGAGAAGAUGGUGGAAGACAUCAAGGCCAAGGCCGCCGACUAUGUCAAGUCUCUGCAAAAGGAAUAA